AUGAAUAGUUUGAGAGAAAAGAUUAUUUGCAUCCUCGAUUUUCCCUCUUCGGUACAAGAAUCAAUUUUUUUCCAAAAGUUCCUGAAUGCAACAGAACAUGGCAUGUUAAUGAAAACUCGAAAAGUCAUGAAUAAACUUUGCAUUGUAUUUCGUCGACUGGAUUUAAAAAGUGUGUUUCUUCCAGUAGAUAAAGUCUUGUUUAACACCAUUUUGACCAUCUAUGAAUCACAUUUCUUAGCAGCUGGUAAACACGUUUUUACCACGAAUCUGAAUUGCGCUGAAACCAAGACUUUUGUGACUACUUAUGAACUAAGCCAAUGCGGGAACAGAAGUGAUUUUGAAAAAAGCUUUUCGAGUAAGAACACUGACAUAAACGGCACUAAUUUGAAGUUACCAAUUUUGAUAUUGACUUUCAAGACAACACUCACUGUUGGUUAUUCAAUAAUAAAAGUAGUAUUUAAAAUGGAGUCAAAAGAGCCACUUCCACCCAGCUAUGCAGACUCACAAAAUCAGCCACAGUAUCCCCCGACACAAGCAGAGUAUCCUCCAGUACAAGGGCAGUAUCCUCCAGCUCAAGGACAGUACCCCCCUAUGCAGGGUAACUACCCACCUCCUCAAGGACAGUAUCCGCCACAACAGCCACCCCCAGGAGCUUACCCAGAGAAGCAAGGACAAUAUCCACCACAACAGCCAGGAGGAUAUUACCCACCACCAACAAUGAUGCAGAAUACCAAUAACACCACUGUCGUAACUGUCCAAGCGCAACCAGCUCCACAAGUUCACUGCGUGGCUGUUGACAAUCAUUCUGGUUUAGCUUGGUUCGCCUGUCUGUGUUGUUGCUGGCCGAUUGGUAUUGCUGCUAUUGUUAAAUCGAACGAGGUUAACAACGCUAUAGCAGCAGGAGACUUCGUUCGAGCCCAGCGAGCGUCGGCAGAUGCACGGAAAUACGCUAUUAUUGCCAUCAUAAUUGGUUUAAUUGCUGUCCCUACGAUUAUUGUCAUAAACGUUUUGCGUGCGUCAAGUGCAUAAUAAUCAAAUUGAGCAUGAAUCUGAAACUUCAAACAGGAUUAAUUUCUUUUUUAGCUACCGAUAUUCACAAAGAAAAUGUCUGCGCGUCAAAACAAAAGCAGAUAUAAGUUUUCUAGCAUUAGGCGCACAAGCAACUAAUAUUUGUCUCGCAUUUCUGUUUCUUUUUAAUAGAUAACUUUUUUAAAUAAUUAAAUUUGUCGUAUUAAAAUUUGCAAAAUCAAACACCUUAUCUCUUUAAUAAUAGCCGUCGUCUGUCUGUCUGUGUGUACGCGAAAGCCAUGUCCUGUAACGGAAACACGAAAUUUUUAAAAUGUGCACCAAUACCAAAUGCGAUAUACUUCGGUCCGCUUUGUUGCAACGGGUUGAUUUAUAGGACGGGCGACCCCGUGGAUUUUUCCACGGGAUAACGACUAUUAUAGGAUAUUAACAUUUCACUUAAUCAACGCAGUUUUGAAUUUCGCGUGUUUAUUAAAUGGUCGUUCAUUUCAAUUAAUGUAGUCUUAAUUAACACGAGUAAUUAAGGAUGCAUUAAUUAAGUUACAUGGUAAUUAAAUAUACGUUAAUUUUUUGAAAUUUAAUAAUAUUUUCACAUUAGAGUCGUUAUUAUUGUAGCUGACAAAUGCGCAUAAGAAAGUAGAUUUAAAAUA